AUGGUGGUUGACAUAGACAAGUGCACGGGCUGUCAAGCCUGCGUUGUCGCCUGCCAGUCCGAGAAUAAUGUGCCGAUAAAUGAGGAAGCGCACUUCAACCAGCGCCGCGCAAUCGAGUGGAUUCGCGUGGAGCGGUACUGGGAGGGCGAGUUCCCGGAUGUAAAGGCGCGGUUCAUACCGCUGUUCUGCCAGCAGUGCGGCGACGCGCCGUGCGAGCCGGUGUGUCCGGUGUAUGCGACGUACCACAACAGCGAGGGACUGAAUGUGCAGGUGUAUAACCGCUGCAUCGGGACAAGGUUCUGCGCGAACAACUGCCCGUACCAGGUGAGGUUCUUCAAUUUCUGGGAGCCUGCGUGGCCUGAGACGCUGAAGAAUCAGCUCAAUCCUGAUGUAACGGUUCGCAGCCGAGGCAUCAUGGAGAAGUGCACCUUCUGCGUACAGCGCAUUCGUCGCAGUUCGCGGGAAGCAGACAAGGAAGGCGAGGAGCUUCAGGACGGGGACAGAGCACUCAACCCGGCGUGCGUGAAUGCAUGCCCGACCGAGGCGCUGAUGUUCGGCAACCUGAACAAUCCGGAGUCAAAGGUUGCGAAGAAGGCAGAAAAGGAACUGCGAGGGACGACACCUGCGCGUAAGGGCGGGCGUGGCUACCAUCUGCUGGACGAGUUCGGGACGCACCCGAAGGUCGUUUAUCUGAAGAAGUAUGACAAGGACGCUGAGGAAGCGCAUGGCUAG